AUGACGACCCCUCAGGAGAAGCGUGCCUCGCGGGAGGAGCACAUCGACCAUGUGCGCAGCAACAUCGAUGACGAUGGCGAGAAACAAGUCUUUGCUGAAGAGGGCGAUGUCGAUUACACGGGAACAGCAAAGAAGACGGAUCCAGAGGAGAUUCGUUUAGUGAAGAAACUCGACUAUCGCAUCAUGCCCACACUCUGUGUGAUGUACUUUUUGAACUACGUUGAUCGCAACGCCAUUGCACAAGCGCGUCUCAACGGUCUUGAAGACGACCUAAAGAUGACGGGAACAGAUUUCAACACGGCCGUGUCCAUUCUGUUUGUCGGCUAUGUCCUCAUGCAGAUCCCUUCCAACAUGUUGAUCACAAAGGUGAAUCCUGGGAUUUACAUGAGCUCUUGGAUGGUUGUGUGGGCUGCUGUGUCCGCUUGCACCGCUCUUGUCCACAACUUUGCUGGCCUCGUAGCAUGCCGGUUCUUCCUGGGCAUCACCGAAGCUCCUUUCUAUCCCGGUGCCACAUACAUGCUUUCGAUCUUCUACACCCGUAAAGAGGUCGCAACCCGCAUCGCUGUUCUGUACUGCGCUCAGAUCCUGGCCACCGGCUUCUCCGGCCUCAUCGCAGCUGGCGUCUUUGAGGGCCUGGACGACGUUCGCGGUCUCGAGGGAUGGCGCUGGCUCUUCCUCCUCGAGGGUGUCGUCACAGCUCUCGUGGCGGUGCUCGGAUUCUGGCUCCUCCCCAACACGCCUCUCACGACGCGCUGGCUGAGCGAACGCGAGAAGGAGCUCGCGCACGCCCGCAUGGAGAAGGACAAGCUCACCGACUCGCUGGGCCAGGCGUCUGCCGUCGAGGGUCUCAAGCAGGCGUGCCGCGACAAGCGCACAUGGCUCUUCGUGCUGAUGCAGUGCUUCCACCUCUCUGCCUGCUCCUUCAACAGCUUCUUCCCCACCGUGAUCAAGACACUCGGCUUCAACACGACCGUCACGCUCGUCAUGACGUGCCCGCCCUUCAUCUUCGCAGGCGCCGCCGGCAUCUUUUUCGGCUGGAGCUCGGGCCGCCUCCACGAGCGCACAUGGCACAUCACCGCCGGCCUCGCCUUCGCCGUCGCAGGCUUCGCCCUCGCCGCGGCGUCGCUCAACACGGCCGCGCGCUACGUCGCGUGCUUCAUCUUCGCGGCCGGCGCGUACUCGGUCAACAGCGUCAUCAUCGGCUGGGCGUCGUCGACGCUGGGCCAGACCAAGGAGAAGAAGGCCGUCGUGCUGGCCAUGACCAACGUCGGCGGCCAAAUUGGCUACAUCUACGGCGCGUACCUCUGGCCCAAGUCCGACUCGCCUCGGUACGCCAUCGGCUUUGGUGCCUCGGCCGCGUUUGCCUUUGGUUCCAUCGUGUGUGCGUGGGUCAUCCGCGUGCUGCUCAUCCGCGAGAACAAGAGGAUCCGUGCUUCUGGCGCCGACCACGGCAAUCUUUACGGCUACUAG